ACUUUCCGUCGCCGCUUUCUCGAAUCCCCCCUUCUCUCCUCCUCUUCCUCUUUUCACGCUGUGCUCGAGCUCGGUGAUCCGUGAGGAAGGUAGCCAUGGCGGCAGCGCAGGCGAUGGCGAAGAUGAGCGUGGGGUCGCCGGCCUGCAAUCGGGCUGCGGGAUCCCUCUGCCGGUGGAGGGGAGCCGUGGCGGUGCGGCUCGGAGGAUCCUGGUCCUGGAGGAAGAGCCCGUUCCUCGGCGGGAGGAUGGCGGUUGGGCCCAGGAGAUCGAGGCCCGUGUCCCGGAAUCCUGUUGCGUCGCCGGUGCAGAUGAACCUUUCAUUUGGGAAAACCAUGAAGUGGUGGGAGAAGGGAUUGCAGCCCAACAUGCGGGCGAUCCACACCGCCCAAGAACUCGUCGAUUCCUUGAUCAACGCCGGCGACGGGCUCGUCAUAGUCGACUUCUUCUCACCUGGCUGCGCCGGCUGCCAUGCCCUCCAUCCCAAGAUUUGCCAGUUUGCGGAGCGGAACCCAGAUGUGCAGUUCCUGCAAGUGAACUUUGAGGAGCACAAGUCUAUGUGCCACAGCCUUCAUGUUCAUGUGUUCCCUUUCUUCAGAUUCUACAGGGGAGCUCAGGGCCGGCUCUGCAGCUUCAGCUGUACCAAUGCAACUAUCAAGAAGUUCAAGGAUGCGCUUGCAAAGCACAAACCAGAUAGAUGUAGCCUUGGCCCAAUUAAGGGGCUAGAGGAAUCAGAGCUACUGGCUUUGGCUGCAAACAGGGACCUGCAGUUCACCUACACCAAGGAGCAAGAUCUGGCUCCGAGCAUGGAAGAUGGCGCAGAGGUCAUCACUCAUGACCAUCCAAGGCUUCCUGCAGCAGCAAAGCCGCUGGUCAGGCAGGGGUCUGAGGACAGGGCUGUGGUCUCAUCGGGAAGAUAAUAUGUGAUGAUGAUCGCAUUCUUCAGUUCUGUACAGUUAUUUAUUGUUCUUUGUGUAUAUGUUGUUCCUUUUCAUGGUUGCGGGCUGCAGGCUUCAAGAUUUUUACUUAUGAAGCCCUCCCUGUGACACCGUCUGCUAGAAGUGUGAAAAUGUAGUGGCUGUAGCAACAAGAGUUGUGGAGCUUUUGUCAUCAGGAAUUUGCAUGGUGGUUGUCUGAAUUCAUGUCCUUGCUGUUUGG